AUGGCCUCCAGAGCCGCAGCAGGCGCCCGUCCUGGUGCCAGAUUCGCUCAGUUCAAACUUGUCUUGCUUGGAGAAUCCGCUGUUGGAAAGGUUAGCCUAUCUUUACUGGUUAUUUUGACGGUCGCUGACGUCUUUCAUUACAGAGAUCAAUUCGAUGACUACCGGGAGUCGACGAUUGGCGCUGCCUUUUUAACACAAACCAUUUCUUUGGACGAAAGCACGACGGUCAAGUUCGAAAUAUGGGAUACCGCCGGUCAGGAGAGAUACAAGUCGCUAGCCCCGAUGUACUACAGAAACGCCAACUGCGCAGUAGUUGUUUACGAUAUCACACAAGCUUCGUCGCUGGAUAAGGCCAAGUCGUGGGUGAAAGAGUUACAACGCCAAGCGAACGAGAACAUUGUCAUCGCCCUUGCGGGUAAUAAGCUCGACCUUGUCACAGAAAACCCAGACAAGAGGGCUAUCCCAACCGCAGAUGCCGAGGCCUAUGCACGUGAGGCUGGUUUGCUUUUCUUUGAGACAUCGGCGAAGACCUCCUCGAACGUGCGGGAAUUGUUUACCGCAAUUGCGAAGAAACUUCCUCUCGACCAAGCCGGACCUCGAAACUUGCGCACAAACCCCCGUCCGGGUGUGGACUUGCGCCCAGAGGCCCCUGGCACUCAGGGCGCCAACUCCUGCCAAUGCUAA